AUCAGCAUCUGUCUGUAGCAUCCUCUGUGUGACUCUGCAUCCACUGAGGAACCCAAAAUCCGAAUCCAGGGAUAAGAACGGGGGGGACACCCCAUGUAGGAAGCCUUUUGUAUUGAGUUUAAUGAUCAGGCUAACUCUUCAGAGGAAACAGGUUGAUCUGCUAUCCCCCCCUUACCCCCCCAAUACUGCUGGCUCCAGCGCCAUCCAGCAAGCAUGUUCCAUCUCACUGCAUAGGGCAGGGGAGGGGUGUAGAGGGAAAAACUGGCUACAGCGCUGACUGCUAACUUUGCAGAAAGGAGGGAAGCUGCGACUGCAAGCCACCGUCUUCCUGAAAUAGAACAAAUAAAAGCAGCCCUGCCAGAAGACUGGAUCUGGAAGGAUGCUAGCCCCGGCUCCUGUCGUCCCCUGCAAAUCUUGGAGCCUCUCCUCUCCUCUCGCAGACACCAAUGCAAUCCUGGUCUAUCUUCAGACUGCAUGGCAGAGCUGAAAGAUCUGUCCAUUUUCUCGCUCGGGACCCAAGCAGGAGAAGGUGUAGAAGGGUAUUUCGGAUAAACCAAAAAAAUCACGAGGAAAGAUCCUGGUCAAAAAAAAAUAAAAAAACAGCAAGAGAUCGACUGAUUCACUGAUGUGGAGUGACAUGAAGCCCGCUUGUUGACUCAGUAGGUCUUCUGUACUGCAAGGCUCAAUCUUGAAAUGGGUUUUUCGAUGGUGCAUCUUGUCCUUAUGGCUUUUGGAUAGCCAAAAAAAAAAAAAAAACUAGAAAUUUGGAGAUUUUAGAAUUGGGUUCUUGCUCUGGGAUCCCAUGCUGAUCUAGAAGAAGACCCUACCAGCUUCAAUGUGGAUGUUAUAACUGGUUUUUCGAGAAAAAAAAAGGGGAUCACAUUGGGGGUGAUCUGCAUUUUGGUAAAGGGGGGAAAUAUUACCUUUACCUCUAUCUGCAUUUUCUCCACCUUGACCAUGGGAUUGAAAUUCUCCUAGUUGGCUCGUUGGAAUUCACCUGUGAAAUUCGUCUAUUUUUUUUAUUAUUUUUUUGCCAUAAACUGACAUGUAUGAGAUGGAAAAACAAGGUUUAUUUAGUGCCCUUUGUUACUUGAUGCUGAAUUCCCCUCUUCUAUUUAGUGUACACGCAGCGUUUACUGAAGUCCCCAAAGAUGUGACAGUGAGGGAGGGAGAGGAUAUAGAGAUGCCUUGUGCUUUUCGGGCCAGAGGAUCCACGUCUUUUUCUUUGGAGAUCCAAUGGUGGUACAUCAGAGAGGUGACCAGGGAGACAACCUUGGAACUAGCUAUGACCGCCCCCGGGAGCAGAAGCAAGCUCAUCACCAAUAGAGAUGGGACAAAAAUUAGCACGGUCCGGGUGCAAGGCAACGACAUAUCGCACCGCCUGCGGCUCUCCAACGUCCGGAAACAGGACGAGGGGGUGUACGAGUGCCGGGUGUCGGAUUAUGGAGACGAUGAGACUCAGGAACACAAAGCCCAGGCCAUGCUGAGGAUCAUAGCCCGCUACUCCCCGCCCGACAUGCAGGCCGCCGAGGCCGUAUCCCACAUCCAGAGCAGCGGGCCCCGCAGGAAUAACCCGGGCAACAGGGCCACCCCGGAACCUGGGAACAAACGCCCCAACCCUCCAGGGGAGAGCCUGGUGCCAUCGCAAGCCACCGCAGCAUCUUCCUCAGCUUCCCCUGCUCCUGGAAAGGCAGCCAUCCUGCGGCAGCAACACGGAUCAGGCACAGGAUCCAGCGUGACCAGCGACCCCAUACUUUACAUGCUGCUGUUGAUAUUUCAUCAGCUUGUGUUUUUGCUGUUUAACCACUGAUGGACCAUUUUGUGAGUCAUUCCUCUCAACCAACCAAACAGCCCACAGAGAACUUAUCCAAAACCUCCCCUUUCUCCCUUUCCCCCCUUCUUCUUCUUCUUUACGAAAGCUGCAAAUUUACGAGAAAAAAAAAAAAAAGGACAGGAAAAAGACUGAAAGAAGCAUGGCAAAACUCUUCACAAUGAAUAUUAAAUACAAAAAAAUAAAAAAUUACAAAAAAUAACAAAAAAACAUGUAUUUUUGGAGAACCUACACGAAAGUAAAAAAUGGAAACCACCCAAGUAUUGCAUCUAGUUUAAAAAACAAAAAGAAAAAAAAAGAGGAAUUUAAAAAUCAUACACACAAAAAGUCUGGUUGACGCCUUGCUGCGCGCAUUUAUCAACGGAAUAAAAAAAAAGAAAAACAGUAAUCAUCAGGCAUUUCCUUCCCAAGAUGGCGAUCGUUGUUCUUUUUGCACGAACUUUUGAGCAAUUAUUUUUAUGACAAUCUGUAAAUUUAUUGCGUUUAGAAACCUUCUCAUGAAAAAAAAAUAAUAUUUUUAAGUAGGGUGUGUGUUUGGGUUAAUUUUUUUUUUUUCUGUUUUUUUUUUUUAUUAAAUUAUUUCAUGUCCGUACAUUUUUUUUUUUUUUUCAUUUUCUUUCUUCGAAGGCAGAUCAGACUCGUCAUUACUCACCGUCGAUAAUAUUUAUUUUUAAAUAAAGGUUGGAAUCAAGGUAAGACAAACUUGUUUAUAACAAAACAAAAACCUGUAUUGUAUAAUGCUGAAUAACAGUUGAAUAAAAAGAGUUUUGAAAUAA